CGCUGGAACGAUCGAACCUGAACAACAUGAAGGUGACGGUGUUGCUAGCGAUGGUUUGCGUGGUGUUGGCUGAGGACACAGCUGAACCUCAGCCGAGGCUCUCCAAGCAGGAGAAACCAGCUGUGGGGAUCAAACCGGUUGUGGGGAUCUUGCGUAACCUUCAACACAAUCCAGACAACGAUGGCAGUCACAGCUCUGACUUCGAAGCGGAGAACGGCAUCAAGUUCCAGUUCUCAGGCUCUCAGGGAACCUCAGGAGGAGCGACCAUGGUGGGAGUCUACAGCUAUCCACUCCAAGACGGAUCCAUUGCUGAGGUUACGUUCGUGGCAGACGAGAAUGGCUAUCAGCCGCAGUCGGAUCUUCUGCCAGUGGCCCCAGCCUUUCCCCAUCCCAUCCCGGAAUUCGUACUCAAACAGAUCGCCUUCGCUGAAGAGGAGAGGAAGCGUCAGGAGCGAGAUGGAGUACGAGACGAGUAAGAGGCUUCAUUUACUUCUUGAGAGGAGCGGGAGGUUCUACGAGGCGAGUAAUAAGCUUCAAUUGCCUCUUUAAAGGAUUAUUAUAUUUAUUUGAAGCUCUAAAAUGUGUGAUUGGUUGGGCACAAUGAUUUGUGGAGGCUCGCUACUUCGUCCUCUAACACAAUAAUCGGCUGUCAUUCAUGUGAAACACAAAAUAUCGUGGACUGCAGUUUUUGUAUCAG